CAUACGUAAGUUGUCGUAUUCGAGCGAUGACUUCCGUAGCGUGGUCACUGUGGCUGCUGUCCACGUUCGUAUGCAGCUAUUCGGCAACAUCAGAUGAAGGUGAAGGAGCCCUGCUGCUAACUCCUCUCAUACGGAAUGGUCGAAUCGACGAGGCUCGGGCAGCUUGCAACGUCACGUCCCUGGAGCCGACUAUCGAGAGCUACUCCGGUUACCUAACCGUGGACGAAACGUACGGUUCCAAUAUGUUCUUCUGGUUCUUCCCAGCUGCCAACGGUAAUGCGGACGCACCCGUCCUGCUAUGGCUACAAGGCGGCCCAGGAGCAUCCAGCAUGUUCGGUGUAUUCAAUUUGCACGGUCCAUUUUCGGUGCAGUACCAGUGUGAUGACGUCAAACUCAAGUUGCGUGACCAUGCGUGGACGACUACGCAUUCAGUGCUCUACGUGGACAACCCGGUGGGCACAGGCUUUAGCUACACUGCCGACGAUUCUGGUUACAGUACCGACCAAACAGCCGUCGCUCGGAACCUGUACGCCGCUUUAGUACAAUUCUUUGAACUGUUUCCCGAGUACCGGAACAACGAUUUCUACGUGACCGGUGAGUCAUUUGCCGGUCAUUACGUGCCGGCCAUAUCGUACACAAUUCAUCAGAACAACCUUGGGGCUAAGGUCAAGAUCAACCUAAAAGGGCUGGCAAUCGGAAACGGCCUAGUUGACCCUAUCAACCAGCUUUUCUUCGGCGAGUACUUGCACCAACACGGAUUGAUUGACGAAAACGGAAAGCGAAAAUUCGAACAAUUUGAGAAUGCUGUUCGCGCUCAGAUUCUCGCCGAUGACUACAAAGGUGCAUUCCGCAUAUACGACGAGAUGUUGAACGGCAUAUUCUAUCAGUACCCGACGCUGUUUCAGAACCUGACCGGUAUGCAUUACUAUUACAACAUGCUGCUGGACCAGAAACCACCGUCGUUGGAUGAUUGGAUGAAGUUCGUGGAAAACCCGUCUGUGAAGGCCGCGUUGCACGUGGGCUCACGGCCGCUGAACAACAAUUUGGUGGUCUAUCAGCACUUGCUUGGUAACGUACUGCAAUCAGUGGCCCCAUGGUUGGGUAGCCUGUUGGAUGCUGGCCGGUACCGGGUUUUGUUAUACAGCGGACAGCUUGACAUCAAGUUACAUCACCGGGGCAACAUGCGUAUGGCUCAGUCGCUUGAAUGGACAGGCGCGGAACGAUUUAGAAAUACCACGGAACGUACAGUUUGGCGCGUUCGCGAACAGAAAAAUGGAUGUGAAGGCGGAAACAAGACCACCGUGGCCGGUUACGCGACAACGUCCGGUCCGCUGACCGUGCUUUUAGUGAGGGAUGCUGGCCAUAUGGUGCCAGCCGAUCAGCCGGUCUGGGCCCUCGACCUCAUCGACCGGUUCACUGCUGGCAAAACGUUUUGACUUACAGGAACCGGGUUCCGUCGACGAUAAUAUUAUACUAAAGACGAGUUGUUUUUAUGUACAAUGUACCAGAUAUAAUAUACCAUAACUCAUAUUCGAGAUAUUGUUAAUUCAAAUCGAACCUAUGAUAUAGAUCGUUAUAGCCGACAGUAGUAUAAACGUAUGCUAAGUAGAAAAAUAUUAACUAUACGACCAUGACGAAAAAUAAAUAAUCGUACAAGGUAUACAUUAUAACUAUGGUUAGGAUAAUGUUGUUAUUUUAUUGAGAAUAUUAUGUAUGAGUGAUGUCGGCGGUAAAAUCUCAAAUAACAAAACUAAAUAAGUUAAAUUUUAACUAUCCAACCAGUAACAUAGAACAAUAAUAGUAAUAAUACCUAGCAAAUUAAACAGCAAUUUCCAAACUUUGAAAUUGAAUUUUUCUUAUGGCGCCCUAAUAAAACCGAUGAUCAUUUUUUUUAGAUAAAAUAAAGAAUAGAACAUUUUAAAUGUUUUUUCGGACCACAUAACGAUUAGUGUUGUGGCGUCCAAGCAAAGACGCUGCGGUGCACACUUUAGGAACCGCUGUAUUAAAUACAUAACCAAGUCAACUUGACACCGUCCUUUACGCCGGACUCCGUUAUAGAUGGUCUUUGAUUAAAAAUCAUAAAAACAAUAAUAAUUAUUCUAUAUUUUAGUCUAUACAUAUUUACGAGCUGUAAACGUUGUAAGCUGUAAUAACAAGAUUUAAUGAUAUGUCUAUAUUUCAGAAUCUAAAAUUUAGAUUAUCACGUGGGUUACGAGAAAACUAAAAAAAAGCUUUUAUUUUGUAUUUAUUUUAAUACCUACUAUAGAGGUUAUUAUUAAAAAUGUUUUAGUGUGAUAAACAUAUAGGUUCUUCACCGUAGCACCACAGUAUUUUGGUAUUACUUUUAGUGAAAACUUAAGGUAGAAUGUAUAUUGUAUACAAAGAUAACAGAGAUAUGUGUUUAAGAAUAGUAGUAUUUAACUGUGUAAAUUUAAGGAUAUUUU